UGGGAGCGGCUCGGCAAGUGCAUACAUCAACCAGCUGACCAUCUGUAUUUGUGGGCAUUCUUUGUCGUUGUAUAUUGAAGUGAGAAGUGUGAGAUUAGGGAGACGAACGAACGACUGUCUUUUCUGCAGACGACGACAAACGUCAACAACAGUACUGAAACGGCGGCGCAUACACCGCGCGAAAAAGAACUGAACCGACACACGGACAGUUUGUCUACAUGGCCUCAAUACCCCCCAUCUCGCGAUUCCUCCAAACCCUCACCCUCCUCUACCUCCUCCUCACAACAACAACCGUCGACGCCGUAAAAUCCAUCGGCACGCGAUCCCUCUCAACAUGCAUGCAAAACUCCCAAAUAUCCGCAACAGUCUUCGACGUAACCUUCACCCCAAACAACGCCUCGUUCGCUUUCGACAUCGAAGGGUCCACGAACGUUUCCGGGGUCGUGAACGUUACACUCCUCAUCCAAGCGUACGGAUUCCAAAUAUUCGAGAAGACCAUCAAUCCGUGUGACUACGAUUGGGCGAGUGGGGUCCUAUGUCCGAUGAGUCCGGGGGAUUUGAAUAUGGUCGGGACGUUUGCGGUCGAUGCGGAUGUUGUCAGUAAGAUUCCGGGGAUUGCGUAUGACGUUCCGGAUAUUGAUGGGAGUGUGCGGAUUAUGAUUAAUUCAACGGAGGAUAAUACGAUGUUGGCGUGUGUCGAGUCGGAACUGUACAACGGCAAAACGGUAUAUUAUACCUCUGUGUCGUGGGUUACGGGGGUGAUUGCGUCGGCUGCGCUCAUGGCUUCAGCUGUGGCCUCGACGUUGGGACAUUCGAAUACGGCGGCACAUGUUGCCGCUAAUUCAAUUGCGCUGUUUGGGUAUUUCCAGGCGCAGGCGAUUGUGGGGAUGAUGGCCGUUGGUAUGCCGCCCAUCGUGGACUCGUGGACGCAGAAUUUUGCGUGGACGAUGGGUGUGAUUAAGCUUGGUUUCAUCAAUGUCUGUACGAAGUGGUACGUGAGGGCGACGGGGGGGACGCCGUCGACGCUUGUUGAGGAUUCGAGUCAGGGUGCGGUUAGUGUUGUUACGAAGAGGAGUUUGGAGGCGGUUGGGGGUUUGCUGAGGAGGGGUGUUGAUGACUUUGGACUUGGAUCGAAGAGGGAGUGGGGAAUGCAGAUUGCGCCGGAGUUUGAGGGGAUGGAUCAGAUGCUCGGACUCGGUAUGCGCUCAACGAGUAAUAUCCUCAAAGGCGCAAUCCACGGGACCAAGAAAUUGUUCUUGCGUGCGGAUACGACGGAUGAUUCAGCAUCUACCUCCACGACUGCCGUCUUGAGGGGUAUCGAUCGUGUUGCGUGGCGUGCAGGGAUCGAGUCCACCUCACUCUUCUUGACUGGGUUUAUCUUCUUCUUGGUCGCGCUCGCGGUGGCGGUUAUCGGUGUACUCCUCUUCAGGGGGAUCACGGAGUUAUGUGCCAGACGCCGCUGGAUGCGACAAGACCGAUUCCUCGAGUUUAGGCGUGGGUGGAAACAGGUUUUGAAGGGAACUGUGUAUCGUCUCGUUCUGAUUGGAUGGCCGCAGAUGGCGCUGCUCUGUCUGUGGGAGUUGACGGUACGCGAUUCCGCUGCGGUGGUGGUAUUGGCUGUUAUUACCUUUUUGGUGAUGUUUGCGUUGUUGGCGUAUGCCGCGUGGCAUGUCAUUCGGAUCGCGAAGAGGUCGAUUGUGAUGCAUAACUCCCCGGCGUAUAUCCUGUAUUCGGAUCCGAGUCAGCUCGCGCGGUGGGGAUUUCUGUAUGUACAGUACCGGGCUACGGCGUAUUGGUUUAUCGUGCCUGUUCUCGGUUACUCGCUUGCGAAAGCUUGUAUCAUUGCUUUUGGGCAGAAUAAUGGGAAUGCGGAGGCCGUGGCACUUUUGGUGCUUGAGCUUAUGUUUUUGGUUGGGGUGUGUGUGAUGAGGCCUUAUAUGGACCGUGCGACGAAUAUUUUCAAUAUUUCGAUUGCGGUGGUCAAUUUGAUUAACUCGAUCUUUUUGAUCAUUUUCUCGGAUUUGUUUUAUGUUUCGGGAAUCGCGAGUGGUGUACUCGGUGUUGUGUUUUUCAUUCUCAACGCUGCGUUUGCGCUUGUUCUUCUUAUCCUCGUCAUUGUCGCAGCUUUCUACGCCCUGUUCUCGAAGAACCCUGAUGUGCGGUAUCAACCUAUGCGCGACGACCGUACCUCCUUCAUGAAGGGUGGUUUCGGUGCUCCGGCCGCUACUGAGUUGGACGCACUUGCUUCGCCUACCCUUCCUCAGGGUGAGGAGAACAGGUUGAAGCGGAUGGAGUUGAUCGAUGAGGAUGAGUUCAUGCAUAGAGAUACCUCCUACCGUGGUGUUGGUCAUGGAUCCAGGGACCCGAGCCCGAUCAACCUUCCUCCCCACGCAGCGGGGAUGCAAAGUCCGAGCACGGGAUCUCGUCCAACGAGUCCCCUCGUUGCGCCCAGAGGAUCCGACAUCGGUCUCCAACGUCCAAGCUACGACGACCGUGCACCACGACAACAGUACAGUAACGAGAGUUUCGUGAGUGGUGGGAGGAGCUUGUAUGGUGGUGCGAAUCCGAGUCAGAGCUCGGUUCCUAUGCUGAGAGAUCCGAGUCACAACGAAACGCCGCCACCGCAGUAUCAGCAGAUGCAGGGUCAGUGGCAUCGGGGAGCUGGGUAUGGUGGGAGGUUUUGAUGAGUGAGCGGCUUCGAUUGUGUCUUUUGGAGUUUUGUUAUGUUUCUU